GUAUUUGUCAAUUAAAAAUUGUUGUGUCAUCAUGGAAAAUUUUAAAUGAGUAAGUAAUGUGCGAUCUGGAAAGGGAAUGUUACAGCCAAAACACUUGCCAGUUGGGCAGAGAACUACUGGAAUGGAAUAAUGUAAUUUUGAAACACAUGGUCACAUUGAAGGAGCAAAAAGAUGAACUCGAUUUUAUCAUCAAAAAACAAGAGGAUGAACUGCAGAGGCUGAAAGAGGAACUGGAAGAAAAGGCGAAUAUAGAGAAAAAGUAUUCCAACGCUUCGGAAGGUAUGAUACAUCAGAUUGAGGUGUAUGAUAAAGUCGUUAAAAUGCUGGAAGAUGGGUAUGGUAACUUGGUGGAUACCUCUGAAGGAGUAGCUCAGUUGGUCAGUCAAGAAGUUAAUGAUUUGGAGCAAUUAAUGGAUAAAAAGACCAGUACUGAAGAAGCCGCUCGAGAAAAGUUGUGCGAUUGUAAGGAUUUGGAAAAUGUAACCAUUAGAAGAAAAGAUAGAAGGGGAUGUUGUGUAAAGCCAGAUUGCCCGCGUGGACCACCAACUGGUAAAAAUGGAGAUAUUAAAAGCCCCAAUCUUAUCCCAACUACCGUCAAAUAAAAUAAUAAAUAUGUAUAUUUGCAUUUUGUAAAUUGUAUUUUAUCAGUCACAAUAUGUUAAUAUAGGUUUUUAUCCCCACGCGGUCUAUAAUUUAAACUUUAUUGUUGUCAACAUUCGAUAAAGAAAUACCUUGUUAUGGCCUAGGCCGAUAAAAAUUUUUAUGAGGCAAGUAAUUAGUUCGAUUUUUUCUUGCUAGGGGUAUUGUUUUGACAAAUUAAUC